AUGCAUAAUUCAUAUGGUCAACUCAAUGACGUUAUAUGUGACCAAGAAAUGCAAAAUAUGGUAAGUAAACCGUAUCUUAUACAUAUUAAUAGUUAUAGCAAAGCAUGCAAAUGCAUCUCAUAACACAAAACAACUUAACGCGACGUCAUUUCCAACCUUCUAUCCAAGGUCCCAAGCAAGCGAGGUAGUCCGCAGCAUUAGCUCGCAAAAAUACUGACAACGCACUUGCAAAUAUCUACACUACGCUUGGAGUUUUUCCAACAAACAUUAAACACUAACACACUAUGGUAUUUUUACUUCUCACUCAUACAAAAAAGACCCUAAAAGACCCCAAUAUAGGCAGUCGUUUUGACAAAUGAAAACCAUCAAAAUAAUGCUUCAUGUGUCGGCGCCGGCCAGCCAGUAUUAAAAAUGCGCCAUGUGGCGCCAUUAAACUCGCGAUAGAAGUCUUGUAAAAAAAGCCAUGAAAGGGCAGUUGGGCUGUCAAUUUCCCGUUUGUUAUCCAAAAUGACUCAAAAUUGCAAACUUCGCAAGGUUAUAUUAUCCGCAUUUUACAACAUUUCGCAAAGAAACAUUGGAAUAUUAUAAAUAAUUUUGUGAUGCUCUUUCAAGCUGUGAUGAAAUUUUUGUCUAGACUUGUUUAGAUCAAAAUUUAGUCUAUUUAUACGCAAGUGGUCAAUUCGCACUCAUUCAUGUAUAAUGCGCACUGUCUGUCAUAAUUAUUGCAUCAAUUAUUGCUUUAGGAUGACGGUACAAACGAAGAUGCUGCGAACGUCGCAGACAAAAGAAGCUAUGUCCCUUCUGGUAGCACGCCCCACAAACCACCGAGGAAAAGAUCUCUCGUUGGUCCAAGUCCAUUAAAAUCAGCUAAAAAAUUAACUUUUACAAAGCAGCCAUCUCCUGCCCAGAGAGUAAGCAAAUGAUUUUACGUUAAUCCGUAAUAAAAUUUAUGUAUGUUAUGUAUAUAUGGUUUAAUAUUAAUUAGUAUGAAUAAUGACUGUUUAAUAUAGUAUUAAAUUAUAUCAAUCCCUCUCACAGGCAGCGAAAUACCUCGUAACAAGAGCCAAGGGGCGCCAUUCACCUAACAUUCUCUCCGAAACAAAAAAGAAAUGUGUGGACGUCAGAAGAAGAUAA